AUGUUGGCGUUUUUGCAUAGAAUUCUUGAUUGGUUUAAGAAUGUUUUCUGGAAGGAGGAGAUGGAGCUAGCACUGGUUGGCCUACAGAAUUCUGGCAAAACUACUUUCGUCAACGUCAUCGCGGCCGGAGAGUUUAGUGAAGACAUGAUUCCCACUGUCGGUUUCAACAUGAGAACGGUCACCAAGGGAAAUGUAACAAUUAAGAUCUGGGACAUUGGUGGCCAACCUAGAUUCAGGAGCAUGUGGGAAAGAUACUGCAGGGGGGUCAAUGCCAUCGUCUACAUGGUCGAUGCAAGUGAUCUUGACAGGAUAGAGGCAUCUAAGAAUGAACUUCACAACUUACUGACAAAACCUCAGCUAAUAGGCAUACCGGUUUUAGUGCUUGGCAAUAAAAGGGAUGUGCCUAACUCACUCGACGAAAAAGAUAUGAUCGAGAGAAUGAGUUUGUCCGUGUUUCAAGAUAGAGAGAUAUGCUGUUAUUCCAUAUCAUGCAGAGAGAAAGAUAAUAUAGACAUAACCCUUCAGUGGCUCAUUCAACAUUCCAAAUCUAAACGCUAA